CGCGCCUGUUUGUCAUGGGGAAAGUCUCGGCGGCUAUGAUCAAGAAGAAGAUGGAGAGGGUGCAUAAACGCAUGCCCUUUGUCCCCGAAGAGUCGCCGACCAUUAGGCAGCCGAGAUCUAUGAAGGAUCGGCAGCAAUUGUGGUUGCUGGCAGGGUUGAAACACUUGAAGGCGCCAAUUGUUAUCGCCACCCUGGUGAACUUGGUCUUUGCUGUGCCAGGUCUUUCGUGGGAGCCAUUAGACCAUCUGGAGACCUUUGCCGGGCAAAUGGAGGCGACAAAGGCUGAAUGGUCUGAAGGCCGCAACGCGAUCCCGCUUGAUGUCACCUACAACCCAAGCACCAUGGAUUUCACGAGUCCAGUUGGGUUUGCCAACGCACUCUACCAUGCUAUGCGGCUAAAGCCGGGUGCUUCAGCCACCACGGCACCGGUGUGCUCCACAUUCGUUUUUAUGAGCAAAGGUUCUACCUUGAGAUCAAAAACAAAUCCACUUGGCCGCCCCGACUCGGAGGCAUGCAAGAUUGGCAACUUACUUGCUGCUCGGGCAAUCGUUCUCUGCUUGGUUUGUGCAGCAAAGGGCGUAUUCUGGUGCCUGGAGCAACCAGGUACUUCAUGUAUGGAGUACCACCCAGUGUUUCAAGCCCUGGUACGUAUAGUGCGCGUACACCGGCUGCGAAUGAAGAUGGGAGAUUUUGGAGCACCGUCGCCGAAGAGUACACUUUUGUACAGCAGUCACCAGUGUAUAGAUGACAUUCUUUGGCACACUACCGGCCCGGCGCAACGUGGCAGCCCUGUGCAAAUGGUCAAGCACUAUGUGGAUUCCAAGGGCAAACCAAGAGUUUGUGGAGGGCGUGAUCUCAAACAAUCUCAAGCAUACCCUGCAGGGUUCGCCAGUGCCCUCUCAAGGGUCCGCACGGCCCACUUGAAGAAGAACCAUCGCACCGCUGUGAAGUUCCUUCGGGCUGCCAGGAAGACACCGAAUUCCUUCGACAUGCGGCCCCGAGUGAACUCUCUUUGGUCUAAACACGCUGACCUAGAUUCAGCGAUCAAAUUCCUUUCUUUAGGCAAGUAA